GAAAUCUCGCUCGCAUUUAGUCGUAAACAGUGCUUGGAUUCACAUAUUGGAGGAUCAAAUCCACGUUAUAUUACUUGCUUUGGCAAAACCUACCUACUACAGUGUGAGAGAAUAAAAAAUAGCAAAAAGUGAAAUAAAAAAAUUAAAUUUUUCCUACAUGGGUGUAUUUUCAUGUGAAUAAGGAAACAAAAGAGGAAGAAAUAUAUAAAGUGCAUAAAUAAUCAACAAAAAUAUAUUUUCAAGGAAAUUGUGGUCAAUAAUUAAAUACAAAGAAAAAAUCCACAAAAAAAUUACUGGAAAAAAUCCUCCAAUAAAAUUGUGUUUUCGAAAAAAACAAGAAAAAAUUUAACAAGUGAAAAAUUUUCCAUUUUUUGAAAAAUAAAAAAAAAAUCCAUCAAAAUCCUUGUGACAAGAAAGCAAGCAACAUCUUUAUAUAUUAAAAAAAUUAAAACCAAAUUGUGAUCUAAACGAUUUUUUUUUGGCUGAGACACAAAGAAAAACGUCAAGUGUGUGUGUGCCUGUGUGGAGGUGAUUCACAAAUAAAAACGCAAAAAAGAGAUUUGUCAAAAAGAAACAUAGAGUUUGGAAAAGAGAUAAAAGGAUAACUGCAGCAACAAAAAAUUAAAGGAUAUCAAACAAACAAAAAUAAAAAAUUGGAAAUUAUUGUGAUAAUAUUCUGGUUUAAACUGGAUAUAACCCAAACUAAAAGAGUGCAAUUUUUAUGCUUUAAACUAGACAAAGAAGGAUUACUGAUAAUUAACUCAUCGAUGUUUAACUACGAAAUUUAACAAGAAAAUUGUGACAUUUUACAAAAACAAACAUAAAAACCACUGUGAUUUUUCUGGAUUAAAUAACUGCUAAAAGGACGAAUAUUUUUGUUAAUAUAAAACUAAUUCAACUUUGUCAUCAUCUAACAACAGCCAUUGUGGUAAUUUAACGAAAAAAUUUCAAAUUUUUUGGAUUUAACGGUUUUACACAAUUGAUGUACAUCAUUGACAUCAUUAAACAACAAACGAUCGUUUGGAAAACAUUGUAAAGAAAAAUUUGAUUGAUUGAUCAUUAUUGGCAGCAAGAGAAGUAAGAACUAGCAGCACCGUCACCAUCGUCGUCAGCGUCGCCGUCAUUGUCAAUAUUACCAUACGCGAGUUAUUGUUUUACUUUUGGAGUGACAUUCAUACUUUGCAGUGGGGAGCCUGCCAUUACUUUAUGGAAAUUAGCUGAUACGACAUUUGGGAGGAAACUAAGAAUAAAAGGCAUUGAGAUUUUGAAACUAAGUGCAACCAUUACGACCUCCCUAACAGCAGUAGCAGCAGCAGCAACAACAUCUCAAGAACAAAAAAUUUAAUUGCAAUUGUUUGGAAGAGGAGGAACGAAACAUACACCACAUAAAGACGUUUAGUUCACUAUCAUCAAUUGAACUAGAAACACAUUAAAAAAUAAAUCCUCUCCAAAGCCGCGCUCAUUUUCAAAAACCUAACCAAGUUUAGAAAAGGUAGCCAUUUUAGAAACUUCAUAGUCUAACUUUUGCAAUAACUCAAAAAAAGUUUUGAUCUCUUAAUAACACAGACGCCUCUGCCGCAAGCCCUUUCCAAGUUUAGACAAAUAAUUAAAAAAAACACACAUUUUAUAUCUCCAAGAGACUCGAAAAAAGUUCUGUUUAAUUAAAAAUCAACAUAAAUUGUCGUCAUAUUUUACCUUCUAUAAACUACUGCAACAAGAGAACAACAACAAAAUACCUUCAAACCGCAACAACACAAAGAACCAUCAUUGCAAACACUUCAAAUUUCGCUGUGCGAAGGAAGAACUAAAAAAAAUUAAUAAUAAAAUUUAAUUAAACUUCAAAAAAGAAAACAUCAAAGAGUCAAGCAAACCCACACUCGAACACACACACACACAUAUACAAAUAAGCAAUGGAACGUGAAUCAAAUCCGAUGCAACCUAUGUGCCGCUCUGGUUGCGGCUUCUAUGGCAAUCCCGCCACAGAUGGUUUGUGCUCUGUUUGUUACAAGGAUUCCUUGAGAAAAAAGCAGCAACCACCUGUUGGCAGCACACCCGUUUCAGUUCCAAGCCCACAACCAAGCCCCACAUUUAGUCCAGCCAUAACAAUACCAACAGCAGCACAGCCAACAGUACAGAGUUUACAGCAGCAACACAAUGAAAUUAAAGAGAAAAUAAAUGAAGAAAACACAGCCAAAACUAGCAGCGAAGCAGCCGCCUCCGCAUCUGCAUCCGCCGGUCCAUCAACUUCCACCGAACCAGCAGAAGAUGAUAAAGACAAGGAUGAUGACAAAGAUUCGAAAAAGAAAAAGAACCGCUGCUCUGAAUGCCGCAAAAAAGUUGGCUUGACAGGUUUCCUUUGCCGAUGCGGUGGUUUAUAUUGUGCAGUACAUCGAUACAGCGACAAGCACAAUUGCACAUUUGAUUAUCGGGAACACGGAGCCCAAGAGAUCAGACGCAAUAAUCCGGUAGUGGUUGGCGAAAAAAUACAAAAAAUUUGAACUUUUGUGCCAUCAUCAUUUAACAAGUUUAUGAUAAUAUAAUUCUUAUACAUACAUCUAUAUAUAUAAAUAUAAAAACAAAAAAACCACAAAAACUUAUAAAUAUUAAAUAUACAUAAUAUAAAUAAUAUAUAUAUAUAAAAUAAUAUAAUACUAAAAGAAAACAAAAACGGAAAGAAAUAACUAAAGAAACAGAAACAACUAAUUUAAAUAUAUAUUUAAAAAGAAACAAAAAACUGAAAAAAAAAAUUGAAAACAAAAGAAAAAAUGAAAAUACAACCCCUCCACAACAACAACAACAAGAAAACAACUAGAACAUACACAUAGAAGAAAUCAUACAAAAUAAAAAAAUUCAAAAAUGAACAAAUAAUAAAAAAUAAUUAUGAUAAUGAAGUGAAAAUAUUAUGUUUUUGUAAGAACAUGCCAAUUACAGCCAAAAAUUUUAAGUUUUCCAAACACAGCAAUAAAUAAAAAAAUAAUAGAAACAUGUAAACAAUAUACAAGUAACAAACAUAUAUAUUUUUCAUUUGCAAUUUGUCUAUCCAACCACCAAUCAACUCUGUUCUUCUUUACUUAAAACUUAUUAAAUUAUGUUAUGUUAGAAAAAACCUCUAAAUGAUUGAGUUUUAAAUUCCUUCGCUUACUUUGCAAUUCACUAUACACACACACACACACCCAUAUAAAUAUUUAAAUAUAUAGAAAUAGAUAUGUUAAUUGAAUGGAAAAAAUUAAUAAAUUUUUUAAAAUUUAGUUUAUUUUUUCGCUUCUAUCGUAUAGUAGAGAAACUCUAUUUCUUUUUUUUGUUGUUUAGUUUAAAAUUAAAAAAAUAUAUAUCUAUAAACAUCAUCUUCAAAAGGGAAGCAUAUUCUUUAUAUAUAUAUAUAUACUAUUUUUAUUAUUUUAUUACUUUUAUUAUUAUUUUCUGUUUAUUAUUUUUUAUUUUAAUUUUUUUUUGUAUAGAACCAACAUUAGACUUUUGUUUUUAAGGGAUAUAAAUAAUAUAAAAAAAAAUAUUUAAUAUUUAAGACGUUAAUCCCCCAAAUUCUUCUUUUUUCUGUUAGGUUACUCUCUACCCUCUCUCUUUUCAGCUUGCUUUCGAGCUGCUUCUCUGUUUCGCUAUUUCUUUCUUACUCCACCUUAUAAACUAUGCUAGUUUAAAUUUCUUUAUUAUUAAAACAAAAGGAAAAAGAAUCAAAAUCUAAAAAAAAAAAUAAUGCUGCUGCAGUUAUUCUUUGAUAAUAUUUUUUAAAAAAUUCUUUGUUUUUUUCAUAUUUAGAAAAUUGAAAAUGAAAAUGGUAAUUUUUGCUUUAAAAACAUUUUUAACACAUACACACACAAAAUAGUUUUUAGUUUUUCUGCUCUUAUAAACUAAAAAAAAUCAGACACAACCACAUGCGAUGAUACAAUAUAGGUUAUUAUUAUUUUUUUGAAGUGUUUAUACAUAUAAAAAAAAAUCUAAAAAUAAAAUAAAAAGGAAAAAAAUAAUGCAAACAAAAAACCAAGCUCUUUAACUGUAAUUAUCAUUAUUAUUAUUAUUAAUUAAUAAAUUAAUAUUAGAACGAGAAGAAAAAAAGAAACAAUUCUAAAACGAUAAAUUAAACAUUUUAUUAAAAAAUAAAUGAGAUGAAAAAUUAAAAAAAAAACGAUAAAAAAUUAAUAAAAACACCAGAACUAUAAAACAAACCCACAACUUUACAAUUAGUUUAUAAACAUUACAAAAAAAAAAAACAUUUUCUUCAAUACUAUCUACUAUAACUGCAACAACAAGAAUAAAGCAAGCAAAAUGGGAACUUUAAGAAAUAAA